AAUAAGAGUUCACAUGCAAGAGAAACAUAGUGGAGAGCUAGAGAGAAGGCUAAUAUUCAAUGGCCACUAUUCCUUUUUCCUCCUCCUUCCUUAGCUUUUUCCUCUUCAUCAUCAGUACUCUUUUAUUUCUUUCUUCUUCUUCUUCAAACAAGCUGGGAUUCGCCUUUGCAGGAAGAGAGAAAAUAGAAAGCAACCAUCUUCAUCAUACUCAUACCCUGCAAGUCAGCUCUCUUCUACCAUCAACUACUUGCGGCCCUUCUUCCAAAGGUCCUAAUAGAAAGGCAUCCUUGAAAGUGGUACACAAAUAUGGUCCAUGCUCCCAACUUGAUGAAGACAAAGCAAAAACUCCCACCCACGCUGAAAUCCUGCAACAAGACGAGGCAAGGGUGAAGUCAAUCCACUCCAGGCUCUCCAACAAGUUGGCCGCCGACACUGAUGCUUUGAGGGUCGACUCCACCAUUAUCCCGGCCAAGUCCGGUAGCGUCGUUGGCUCGGGCAAUUACGUUGUGACCAUCGGCCUCGGCACACCCAAAAAGGACUUGACGCUCAUAUUUGAUACCGGCAGCGACAUCACUUGGACCCAAUGUGUGCCUUGCGCCCGAAGUUGUUACGACCAAAAGGAACCAAUCUUCAACCCAUCAGCAUCCAAAACUUACACAAAUAUCACGUGUGGCUCAAAUCAGUGCUCUCAGCUCGUUUCUGCCACAGGAAUCACACCGGGUUGCUCUGCAUCCACAUGCGUGUACGGCAUAAAAUACGGCGACCAGUCGUUUUCCGUUGGAUUCUUCGGCAAAGAGAGGCUGACCCUCACACCAACAGACGUGUUCGACAAUUUCCUCUUCGGCUGCGGCCAGAACAACAAAGGCCUCUUCGGCGGCUCCGCCGGGCUGCUCGGCCUCGCCCGCGACCCGCUCUCCCUCGUCCAACAAACCGCUCCAAAGUACGGCCGCUUCUUUUCCUACUGUCUCCCCUCAACCUCCAGCGCCACCGGCCACCUCACCUUCGGGAAAGGCAGCGGCGGAGCUUCGAACUCCGUCAAAUUCACGCCCUUGUCGAAGAUCUCCGACGGCACGUCGUUUUACGGCCUCGACAUCACGGGAAUAAGCGUCGGAGGAAGCAGGCUAGCGAUCGCCGCCUCGGUUUUCUCGACCUCUGGGAGCAUCAUCGACUCAGGGACUGUCAUCACUCGCCUGCCGCCCGCGGCGUACACCUCGUUGAGGACGGCAUUUCGGCAGGCAAUGAAACAAUAUCCUCUGACGGACGCGCUCUCGAUACUCGACACGUGCUACGAUCUCAGCAAGUUCGACGAUGUUACGUUCCCGAAAAUAGAGUUCUUGUUCAGCGGCGGGGUCAACGUGGAGCUGGACGAGGUGGGGGUGUUCUACGCUGAAAGAAUCUCGCAGGUUUGUUUGGCUUUUGCCGGGAAUGGUGAAGCGAGUGACGUGGCGAUCUUUGGGAAUGUUCAGCAGAGAAGGUUGGAGGUAGUGUACGAUGUUGCUGGAGGGAGGGUUGGGUUUGGGGCUGCCGGUUGUAGCUGAAAGCUGAUCAUUAAGAAAUGAUUAAGGUGGGCUAAUCACAAAGAGAAUCUUUGUGCAUAGCGGGGCUUAAUUACUUGGGAUGCAUAUAGAAUAAAAUAAAAGUUUGCAACUCAUUUAUAUAUUAUUAUAUAUAUAUAAAAUAAAUUAAUAAGACCUUUUUUUCUUUUUCUUGAA